GAAAAAAGAAAAAUACUAAAACAAAAGGGAAGAACAAAGAGAGGAAGGACAGAACAGAGAGAAGAAGGAAGAGGAGGAGGAGGAAAGGCAGCCAGUUGGGGUCUCCGCUGAGCUUCGCUGCACGGCCAUGGUGCUGCGAGCUAGUUGGUUGCUGUUGGCGCUGUGGGCGUGGUCAGGCAAGUGGGCGGCGACCGCCAGUGACGCGAGAUGUGACGUCGAGGCGCUCAGGUGUGACGUCAUCUGUUCCUUCCCUGACCUGACGACGCAUUGCAACCGCUGCGUCAGGAGACGCCCCAUGAGGUUCGGCAAGAGAUCGGACGGGAAGAUGUCGGCGUUCUCUCGCGUCCCGAAGGAGGCGCUGUCGGCGGCGCCCGCAGCCUCGACUCUCCCUCGGACUCCGCUGGCUUUCCCGAAGGCCACGGAGGCGCCGCGGGUCUUCCUGUCGCAGGCGCAGAGGCCGGCCUCGUUUGAUCGUCUCGAGGCCGAGCCCAAGUUCCUCUCGGCCUUGAUCCUCACGCCCGAGUCUCACCCUCGCGUGCUGGAGGACUUCGAGGGGGCCGGACCCGGAAUCGAGUACGACGACGACCUCCGGAGACGACGCCGAAGGAGGAACGCGUCCCAGCGCCUCGAGGACGCGGCUCCCCGGUCCUUCCGCAACGCGAGGCUCUCUGGAGACGCCGCUCGAGGGCUCACGCGGAGGAAGAGAUCGACCGUCUACGAGAUUAUCGAGAGCCUCAUGGAACUCCUCGGGCUGGAGACGCUGCCGGUGGACCCGCGCUUCUACGGGUGCCACGAGCUGGUGCUGCCCUUCUACAACUAGGCCGAGGGGCCUUCCCUUCUGCAGCAAAGGCGAAAGGCUGGUUUUCCCUUCUGCAGAAAAGAACGGCCAAAUAAU